AAUUUUGAUGUUGUUGUUUUUUUUUACAUGUUUCGUUAGAAAAAAAUAUUCAACCCAAAACAAUAUAUAACAAACUUUAGUUAAUUUAUAAUCUUGUAAGAUAGCAUGAGUGUUGACAUUUUAUUAUGGUAUUGCUCAUGGGUUCAUGUCACAGCCGUAGUCGGAACUAAGCAGCAGACGGCGAAUGAAGAAGACGAGAGGAAGUUUCCGCUCACGCUGCUCCACACCUUUCCGGUGAAGCAGCACUGAGAGCAGCUCCACUAGGAAAAGAAGAAGACGAGUGCCGAGUGAAUUCAUCGAGUGAAGAGUCUCGAAAAAGAAGGCGGCUGGGGUUUCGCAGGUGGAUAUCUGUGUCUGCGAAUUACUUGGAUUUAUUUUCGAAGUCGUCCUUUUAAGCACGGCAAGGUAAUCCGGAUCUACAGUGUUUGGGGAAGCCGUGGAAAGCAGCUUUUUCCUCCCCGGGUAGCUGUGAAUGAAUAAGGGCGCAGCCGGCGAGGAGGGACCGCGUCUCACGCCUACCGAACCCGAAAGGAAACUCGCACCGUUUCGGGGGAUUUUUGGAGCACAAAUCCUUCCGCCGCGUGUGUUCUCUGGGUUUUCAGUCCUGACUGGCUGUAAGCUCUGUUGAACAAUGAAUGUCUGGAGAAGGCUUCUACCAAGAUCUUAAUGUGAUGUGAGUAGGCCCAGAAAACCUUGUACUUAGAGCAGAACGAUCCCUCCACUCCUGGACAGACUUCCUACUACACUUCAGUUAAGUGUGUUCACACGUCUUUAUUUUUGAUUUUUAAAUCAUUAGUAUUAGUGAUGAAUUGAACUCCUUAGCUGCUUUGUAUCCAAAUAAGCCCCAACAGUGUCAAAAGCCCUUUUCUUAGCAACAAAGUAUUUAUGCACAAAAGGUCAAGAUGGGGAAAAUGCUCUCUAAAAUUUUUGGCAACAAGGAGAUGAGAAUAUUGAUGCUCGGACUUGAUGCUGCUGGAAAGACAACAAUCCUAUACAAGUUAAAACUUGGACAGUCCGUGACCACAAUCCCAACAGUAGGCUUCAACGUGGAAACGGUCACCUACAAAAACGUCAAGUUCAACGUGUGGGACGUCGGAGGCCAGGAUAAGAUCCGACCUCUAUGGCGACACUACUACACGGGCACCCAGGGCUUGAUAUUCGUGGUGGAUUGUGCGGACAGGGAUCGGAUCGAUGAGGCGAGGCAGGAACUUCACCGCAUCAUCAACGACCGGGAGAUGAGGGAUGCCAUCAUCCUGAUAUUCGCCAACAAGCAAGACCUCCCGGACGCCAUGAAGCCACACGAAAUCCAGGAGAAGCUGGGCUUGACCCGCAUCAGAGAUAGGAAUUGGUAUGUUCAGCCCUCUUGUGCAACCACAGGUGACGGACUUUACGAAGGCCUGACAUGGCUAACUUCAAAUUACAAAUCUUAAUGAUUGAGAGCUGACUGUUUUAGGUCAAAGUUAAAAACACAAGUAAAAAAUAACUUCUAAAAAAAAUAUGGUUCAAGAUUGAUUUUCCUUCAUUUAUUUGUUAAACUUGUUUACCCUAUGACUAAUUUAUCUUUAAUUGGGUUUGCUGCUGACCUUUUUUGUUUUCUUUUUUUAAGCAGGCCUAUUUCAUACACAUAAUGCUGGAGCCUGCUUGAAUAUUGAAUUAGCUGGUUCAAGAUUGAAGCCACAGAAAUCACCGCAUUUGCCUAUUAUUUCUCUUCUGUUUUGUAUCAAUUUUUCUAAUGAAGGUUUAACUUCAUUUUUUUUUCUUUUUUUUUUUGGAAAUAUGCUUGGUUUGAAGUCCUUAGGUCUCAAAUGAAUUAAACUUGAAUUAUCUUUCUUUGAAGUGGAGCUCUGUAAUGUUAUGUAGCCUACCUGAAGGACUUUGGCUUUUGUGUUAACAGUACUGUGAUUAAAAAAAACAAAUAAAAAUGAGCAAAAGGGGGGGUAAUGAAACUAAGAAAAAAAGUUAAAGCAUAUGUCAUCGUCAUUAGUAUGGACAUCCAAAAAGAAAAAAAAAAAUCACAUUUUGUUACCUCCAAUACCUUUACAUGGGCUAUAUACCUAACCAAUUGACCUUUUUGUGUCACAUCUCUACUCGUGCUGACUAUUCACCACAUAGGCCUCCAGUAACUCUGAAACAUGCUUGUCAGGGUGCAGUUUGAAUUUUGGAUCACUAGUAGUCAGUUGACUCCAAUCUUUCCGAAGGAAUGUCGUUAGUUUCUCUCUCAAUCUGACACCACAGUCGAUCAGUCUCCACGUUGGGACUCUAUAUGAUAGCAUAUAUCUGUAGCAUGAGCGCGCAAGUACAUUAACCCUCCACGAGAGUCCAUCUGUCGCAGAGUCAGAGGAAGCUGUCGAUCGGCGAGAUGUUUAAGUGACACGACUUACUCCUCUUUGACUGGGGAUCAAUGUACAGAACGUCAUUGUAAUGUCUUAUUAAAAAAAAAGUGAUUUUAA